CAUCUUCGCUUGCUCUUUCACUCACUUCUCUCUCUUGCCGUUGUUCUCUCCUGUAGAGAGAGAAACUGGGAUUAACGAAAAUGAGGCAUCAAAAAGCUGCAAUCGUUGUUUCUUUGAUCUGCAUUGUUAUUUCCGGCGUCGGAGGUCAAUCUCCGCCUAAUCCUCCGACGGCAACUCCAGCUCCUCCUACACCAACUACUCCUUCUCCCCCGACUAGCACUCCUGCUCCUCCAACUACCACUCCUCCUCCGGCUUCAGCUCCUCCACCAGUAACCCAAUCUCCACCUCCUGCUACUCCUCCUCCAGUUUCAGCACCCCCACCGGCUACUCCUCCUCCUGUCAGCUCUCCACCGCCUGCAUCUCCUCCCCCCGCAACUCCACCUCCAGCGUCUCCUCCACCUGCUACUCCACCUCCUGCUUCUCCUCCACCUGCAACUCCACCGCCAGCAUCUCCUCCUCCAGCAACUCCACCACCAGCAUCUCCUCCUCCUGCUACACCACCACCAGCAACUCCUCCUCCUGCUACUCCACCACCUGCUCAGGUUCCAGCUCCUGCUCCAAGCAAGAAGAAGCUGAAGGCUCCAGCUCCAUCUCCAUUGGCGCCGAGUCCACCAGCACCACCAACGGAGGCUCCUGCGCCUAGCUUGGGUUCAAUAUCCCCAGGACCAGCAGGCACAGAUGUGAGUGGAGUAGAGAGGCUAUUUUCAAUGGAGAAGAUGGUUGGGAGGUUGGUGUUCGGAUUGACUAUAUACGUGUGGCUGCUUUAGACAUGGCUCUCAGAAUAUCUCAGCUUCGUUAAUUUUUUCUUUUUUACUUAAUUUGAAGUUUAUGAUGAUGUUAUAUUUUGGCUAUAUAUAUAUAGAGAGAGAGAGAGUAAUGGCUGCCAUUUUAGCCUGUGUUGGGAUGAUGUGUGUAUUUGAUUUUGAGAUCAUACAUACAUUGGGUUGCAUUCUUUGGGAGAAUUUUGGGGAAAGCUUUUGUAUUGGAUGGGAGGAAAUUACUUGUAUUGUAUCUUGUAUUUGCUGUUCAUAGCUUCUCUUUUAUCUCAUUUAUUAUAUUUCUUUUCA